AUGUGGUGCAUCUACACUUUGGCACAGACUACCGGGUCCACCGCAAAUGGCACGUUAACUCAAUGCCCUAAUGUAACCGGAAUGCCCUCGGCAAAUUGGACUUCAUUACACGGACUAUGGUACGAAUUGGCAAUCGCCCCAAAUAAUACAAAUACCGCGAUCAAAUGUCCGUACAUGCAACUGAUGCCAACGGCAUAUAACAAUAAAAUUGAUUUCAACACCCAACAACCCUUGACAACAAGUUUUCCCAACUCCACCAUAACCCAGUCACCAGCCAUGUUUAGUUUGACGGUGACGUACUAAUAUUGGAUACUGAUUAUCAAACCUACAUGCUGACUUAUUCAUGCUUAUUGAUGAAUGAUAAUACCGUACUGGAAAACGCCAUGCUAUAUGGUCGGAAUGCAACUAUUAAUUCAAUUAGUUCCACGGCAAUUUCGAGUAUCCAGCAACAGGUAUCAAACAUACCAGGGUUAUCUGGCAAUGGUUAUCAUCUGUUUCCGCAAAAUUG